AAAGAGUUGCUGGGAGUCACUUCAAAAAUUGACCUCACAGAGGAUUUGGGCAAUCGCACCACCGCCUACUUGAAAAAAAAAUUAAAAUAUCUCUGCUCAAGGACAGGCAGCAAAAAAAAAAAAAAUCAGUUUUGCCUCCCUACCCUGUCCGUAACAAGUGUUUUAAAGGAGCAAAGUGGGGCUGAGAGAUGUAGAGUUGCUGUAUAAAUAGGAGCUCAUGUUGACUGAAGUCUCAACUUUACUCACGAAGUUUUCUUUACCUUUUUUAUUCUGAGUUCCAAAAAUUGAUGGAAAGCGAAAGUGGAGACCUUUGUCUGAAGAGUACCGAGCCCUUCUACCUCUUAGUUGAGCCACAGAAGUGCACACCCCUGUAAUAGCAGCAUUGGAACUUCCGCGAGGGAGGAUUGCAGCUGCAAAAGGGCCACGGCAGCCAAAAGUGUUCCUUGAGUCGUGCCUCAAGCAGACAAACAAGUGGGAAAGAAACUGAAUCUGCUCGGUCCUUAAAUGACUCCAGUGUUACUGAGAGAGACAGUGGCGAGGAGGAAUUGACUUUUAGCAAGGCAGAUCAGGAGAUGGAAAGCAAAGAAACUCUGCAAUACACUGAUUUGAAGAGUGAGCGUAUGCUGGUAAAAGGUGGAAAAAUCGUGAAUGAUGACCAGUCCUUUUUUGCCGAUAUUUAUGUAGAAGAUGGUCUGAUCAAGCAAAUUGGUGAAAAUCUGAUAGUGCCCGGCGGGGUUAAAGUCGCUGAUGCCCACGGACGGAUGGUUAUUCCUGGGGGGAUUGAUGUCCACACCCGUCUGCAGAUGCCCGUCAAAGGGAUGACAGCAGCUGAUGAUUUCUCCCAGGGAACAAAAGCAGCUUUGGCUGGGGGCACAACCAUGAUCUUUGAUCACGUGUUGGCAGAGCCUGGAAUCAGUUUGAUCACUGCUUUUGAACAGUGGAGAGAGUGGGCAGAUAACAAGUCUUGUUGUGACUACUCACUACAUGUUGAUAUCACAGAGUGGUAUAAAGGCCUUCAAGAAGAAAUGGAUUUCCUCGUGAAGGAGCAUGGUGUAAACUCCUUCCUUGUCUACAUGGCUUACAAAGACCGUUAUCAACUCUCUGAUGCCCAGAUGUAUGAAGCCAUGAGUGCAAUCCGUGACAUGGGUGCCAUUGCUCAAGUUCACGCUGAGAAUGGUGAUAUUAUUGCUGAGGAACAGCAGAGGAUUCUUGGACUGGGUAUCACCGGACCUGAAGGCCAUGUACUCAGCAGGCCAGAGGAGGUUGAAGCAGAAGCAGUGAACCGGGCCAUCACUAUUGCAAAUCAAACCAAUUGCCCACUCUAUGUAACCAAAGUGAUGAGUAAGACUGCUGCUGAUAUCAUUGCUCAAGGCAGGAAGAAAGGCACUGUUGUGUACGGAGAGCCGAUCACCGCAAGCCUUGGCACUGACGGUUCUCAUUACUGGAGCAAGAACUGGGCCAAGGCAGCUGCUUUUGUGACUUCCCCUCCACUGAGUCCUGAUCCGACCACUCCAGAUUACCUGAACUCCUUGCUGUCUUGUGGUGAUCUGCAGGUCACUGGCAGCGCACAUUGUACUUUCAACACCUCUCAGAAAGCCUUAGGCAAGGACGACUUCACCCUGAUUCCUGAAGGUACCAACGGAAUUGAGGAGAGAAUGUCCAUUGUUUGGGAUAAAGCUGUGGUCUCUGGAAAAAUGGAUGAAAAUCAGUUUGUAGCAGUGACCAGCACCAAUGCUGCCAAGAUUUUUAACUUGUACCCAAGGAAGGGACGCAUUGCAGUGGGUUCGGAUGCUGACCUUGUGAUCUGGGACCCUGACAUAGUCAAGACCAUCACUGCAAAGAACCAUAGCCUGGCGGUGGAAUACAAUAUUUUUGAAGGAAUGGAGUGUCGCGGGGCACCCAUGGUUGUCAUAAGCCAAGGUAAAAUUGUCUUUGAAGAUGGCAUGAUUCAUGCUACUGAGGGCUCUGGACGCUUUAUCCCCAAGAAACCAUUCCCCGAUUAUGUGUACAAGAGGGUCAAAGCAAGGAGCAAGUUAACAGAACUGCGAGGAGUUCCCCGAGGGCUGUACGAUGGACCUGUGUGUGAGGUUUCAGUGACGCCAAAGUCUGUCACGCCUGCUUCCUCUGCCAGGACUUCACCUGCCAAGCAGCAAGCGCCACCAGUGCGAAACCUGCACCAGUCAGGAUUCAGUUUGUCUGGUAAAUGUGCACAGGUAGAUGACAAUCUACCUCGUCGUACUGGCCAGCGCAUCGUGAUGCCUCCUGGUGGCCAUGCGAAUAUCACAACGCUCGGAUGAACCUCCAUUGUGCAGUGGUGUUGGCGGAGCCGCCAUCUUUUUUUCAUCCAUUUAUUAUUUUUUUUUAAGAGCCUGUGAUGGUUACUGUGGACAAACAAUCCUGUAUUUUGUGUAACCUACUCCGAGUAUUAUAUUUAUCACCAACAGUUAAAUUAAGAGAGAAACGCUCUCUCAUUCUUAAAACCUACACCUGAUGCAAUAUGACACACACAGUAUUUAAGAGAUGAAGGAGCUUCUGCAUCCAUCUGGCUUGAGGGAGAUGGAAGUGACUUCACUGGAGCUGUACAUCCUCCUACAAUAGAGUUGUCAGAAUGUUUCCUCUAAGCUUUGCGGCUGAACAGUAAUCAAGAAGUUCCCACGCAGAUUGAGGAAUAAGUCGGCCCCUUUAAUUUCACGACCAUGCAAAAUGAUUUGAGAGGGCUGCAAACUUGACUAAAUAGGCUACGCUUAACAAAAAAAAUGAAGGUUCAUUAGUCCUCAUUAUGCAGCAGUUUUAAUCUAGUUGAACUCUCAGUUAAGGGGUGGUCAGUAAAUCAGUGCCAGAACGCAAUAUGUUUCUGGUAUAUAUAGCUUAUAUUCUGCAGAGAUAAAUUACAGUGUACAAAUAUUGUUUAAAUUAUGUUUAACAGGGCUUGAAUUUCAAUUUGCUAACCACUUGUUAUUAAAAGUGCACACAACACAGUUUUUAAAAAAUGUCCUAAAUGUGCGACAACUGAUGGAUUGAUUAUUUGGUUGUGCAGGGAAGAUUUUUGUUACUUGUGGAAAAACUCUGGCCGCUGGAAGUUUGGAGCAGAAUGGUGUAAAUACAUAAGGCAGCGUCCGAAAAUGAAAACACAGGUUGAUACUAACUCGUCCUUUCAGUUUCAGCCUCUGAGGGGCCUGCUGGAAAUUUCCAGCAUCCUUUGGUUUUAGCUUUUAAAAUGCCAUUUGCUUCCCAACUGUGAGUACCACACACAGCAUUGUUAAACAUAACUUGUACUGAGAAAUGGAAAGCAUUAAGUAGGUGAGGCCAAGGCUGAGGUUAACUCUGAGAACAGAAGAAUGGGCUUUUAAGGACAAGGCUGCCUGACUAACCAGUUUGCUGCUUUCUUACCCUAUUCAUGGGCUACCACCCUUCCACCACUUGGAAGCCUCUUCCCAGCUCCCCUGUGGGAUGGUCCACUUUCCUUUGACACAGUACGUCGUGAGGUUUUGCCUAUAUGAUCUCAACAGGAUUCACUGUUGUCUUCCUCUAUGGGUGCUUAAAGCGCAUUUUUCCUGUUGUAAUUUUUCAGAUUGGAAACACUACAUGGGCUAGCAAGCAGCAUGUUCAUUGACGGCUUGCUUGAGUUUAUCACUGGAUAAGCCUAAUUCAUACUUGGGGGAGUUUCAAAGAUUAAUUGACCGCAGUGACUUGAUGCUCUAAAACUCAUUGUAGUUUUGAAAUGUCGUCUUGAUGGCUUUUAUACCCUCCAAUCCUGUACUGUAUUCUUGUUAAAGAAACUACUUUAUGUUUUCAUGGCAUUCCUGAUGAUGGGGUUCUGCUCUUGUACUUUUCUUCCUCCUUUCAUUGUUGUGUUCAAUAAAGGUCUUGUGAUUUAUCCCGUUA